AAAUGCCAAAGGGCAGGAUUUGUUUGACCAAAUUGUAUAUCACUUGGACCUUGUGGAAACAGAUUACUUUGGCCUACAGUUCAUGGAUGCCUCCCAGGUUACACACUGGCUGGACCAUUCUAAGCCCAUUAAGAAGCAAAUAAAAAUUGGACCUCCUUACACUUUGCACUUUCGAAUUAAAUACUAUUCAUCAGAACCAAACAACCUUCAUGAGGAGUUUACAAGGUACCUGUUCGUAUUACAGCUUCGGCAAGACAUUCUUUCAGGGAAACUGAAAUGUCCAUACGAAACUGCUGUGGAACUAGCAGGUCUGUGUCUUCAAGCUGAGCUUGGAGAGUGUGAGCACCCAGAACACACACCAGAACUUGUGUCUGAAUUCAGGUUUACACCAAAUCAGACGGAAACAAUGGAAUUGGAUAUUUUCCAGAAAUGGAAAGAGUGCAGGGGAAAGAGUCCAGCACAGGCUGAAUUAUGUUACUUGAACAAAGCAAAAUGGUUAGAAAUGUAUGGUGUAGAUAUGCAUGUAGUUAAGGGAAGAGAUGGUUGCGAAUAUGCUCUUGGACUGACGCCAACAGGCAUAUUGAUCUUUGAAGGAGCAAACAAAAUAGGUUUAUUCUUUUGGCCUAAAAUCACUAAAAUGGACUUCAAAAAGAGCAAACUAACACUUGUGGUUGUAGAAGAUGAUGAGCAGGGUCGAGAACAAGAGCACACGUUUGUUUUCCGGUUAGACAGUGCCAAAACUUGCAAACAUCUGUGGAAGUGUGCAGUGGAACACCAUGCAUUCUUCAGACUACGAGCACCAGCAAACAGUAAAUCUAAUAGAUCUGACUUUAUACGGCUUGGAUCACGCUUCAGAUUCAGUGGUCGAACAGAAUAUCAAGCAACACAUGGGACCAGGUUACGGAGAACCAGUACAUUUGAAAGAAGACCCAGCAAGCGGUACCCAUCAAGAAGGCAUUCAGCAUUUAAAGGAAGCAAUCCAGGCAAAGUUGCACAACUGUGUGCUAAAAAUAAUCCUGAAGUCCAUAACUACCAGGCACAGUAUCAUCCUAAUAUACAUCCUGCCCAACCACACUGGCAUCCACAUACGCCUGUGAAUAUAAGUUAUCCAUUGAACAACACGGAUCUUCGACCAUUCAACAUUGAAGAAAAUGGUGGAACACCAUUUACCACAAAAAUGUCAGGAAGGCACCACCAUCACCACCACCACCAUCACCACCACCAUUCAAACUAUGGAGUAGUUGCUCCUGACAGCAAAGAUAUGGUUUCUGGAGUUUCAAAUCCGAACAAAUUGAGCUCAGGAGUUCCCCUCCUUUACGAUGACACUCCUGCUCAUCUGAAGAAGAUGGAACCAGAGACUGUAAAGGUGGUUGGACCAUGGCCAGCUUUGCACGUCAAUAUAAACAAGAGUGAAGACAAGAAAGUUUCUGAAAAGAGUCUUCAUCCCCCAGUGUCACCUUCCUCUGUAUCUGAUCAUGUGAAAUGUAACAUCCUUAAAGCUCAAGUAGAAGCUGCUUUCAGAGUUGGUACCCAGGCUGGGAAAGAAGAGACAUCUCUUGUAAAUCCCAGCAAGACCUCCAGCCUGCAGGACCGUAAUGUAAGGAGUCCAGCUUUGGUGCGACCUGAAACUACACCGUCAGCCAACACUACAGAAAAGCAGGAAAUAAAAGUUUCCCGUGUGAGGAAGUUAACAAGACAGUACAGCUUUGAUGAAGAUGACCUUCCUCCAGCCUUGGCGGCGGCAGCAGCAGCAUCAACUUCUGUGUCAUCUUCCUCUCCUGUGUCACAAAAGACUUGUACGCCCCAAAUGUCAGAAGGACAAGCCCAGAUGUCACCUGGUGCAAAGAGCCCUUCAGAUGUCGGAAGUACAUUUACUUUGGAACCAGGGGAUCUUCUGAUGGAUUUCACGGAAGCUACACCCAUGAUAAAGACAUUCCCUGCUGAUACAUCUAAUCCCUUUUUCGAUCCUUUUACAACAGUACCACAGUUUUCUGCAGAAUUUACUGACAACAAAUUAAAAUGUUGUGCUGUGCAGUUGUCUCCCAAGAUAUCACCAGUAGCUCUGUCACCUGCAAGGAGGUCUUUGGUUGAGACUGUCCCAACCCCAACUGUGCAGACAAUAUAUACAUCUCACAAACCUAUUUCUCUGGCAGACAGUGCUGAAACUCUGAGGCGUGAACUUGAGAGAGAGAAGAUGAUGAAACGACUCCUGAUGACCGAAUUAUGAAAUUCUGACUUCCUUCAUGUGGAGAAUGGAUUGGGGCCUUUCACGUGCCUUCUGUCUGUUUACAUUCCUCUGCUUCUGUGUACGCAACAUAAUGCAUCACAAAAAUGUGUUAUGUUCCUGACUUGCCUGGAUUCACCACAGUUGGUUAAAAUUAAGUCUUGCUUGACUUUAACUGGGAGGAGUUUCUUUGUUCAUUUGCUGCUCAGAAAUAAACUUUCAACCCUUUAUCUCUCUUGAGAUUUUAUACUAUUAUAAAAUGAAUUUUAGGUUUGGUUUUGGUAAAUCUAGGGCACAAAGGAUCAGCAAGGAACAUACUGAUUUCUAUUGGGAAACACUGUUCUAUAUAUAUGUUAAUAACUGCACAGAGAUUAAUGUUAUGCAGAAUAUUUUGAUAGUACCAUAGAAAAUAUGCUGUUUUGUAUAACUGAAAAUUGCACCAAGCUACUGCUGUUUGUUAAAGAAUCGUUUUUAAAAUGGAAAAAUUAUUAUUACAUCCUAACCCCUGGACUGUUAGUCUCCACUGGAAAACAAGUGGCUGUCUUAUUGAAUUCCUAAUUGUACCCUCUGUUGAGGUAUAUAUAAAAGUAAGGGGAAAAUAGAUACAUAUCUGUGUGUGCGUGCGCGCGCACACACACACACACACACACACCAGUCCUCCCUUUAAUUAGUCAUCCUAAAUUGAUGGUGAAAUACUUUUAUUGUAUUCUUAGGCAAGAAAAUCUUCAGUGAUUCAAAAUUAUUUGCUAUUAACACUCUUAUACAAUUUUUUAAUGACAAGUUUUUACUUGGGCCCUUAUUCUACAAACACUUGCCUACAUAAUUCAGGCAGAGCUAAACUAGAAGAGCCUCUGCUGAUAUAACUAUACGGGCACAGGUACGUUGGUAGAGGCCCCCUAGGUGCAGGGCAGAAUAUACUGACAGAAAGAGUUCUGUGCUGUCGUAGCCACACCACCACUCUGAACCAUUAAAAUUAAGUCAACGAAGCACCCUUUUGUGACAGAGCAAUGUCUACAUCUGGGGGGGAGAGGGUUGGCCAGUAUAACUAUGGUGACGAGAUGUGUGAUUUUUUUCA